GCCCACGUGGGGCCGACGGCGACGGGCGGGCACCGCCAUGUGUCACCGCGCGGCCGCCUGGGUCACAAAGUGUGCGGGUGGGUGGCCGCCACACGCUCGUUGCAUGUGCUCGCCGCGGAGGUCCCUCCCCCUUUCCCCGCACUCCACCUCCCCCGGGCGGCAGCCGUCUCCUGCGAAGUGCGAACUGCCUGCGCCCACCCGGCCACCCUCCCCAGCCGGUCAGCCCCCACCCGGCCCCCGCGGAUCACCUGGCUGGGGGUCCAUCGGAGUCGAGAUCCGUCGGAGCCGAGAAAAAUAAUCUGGGCAUGGUGGCUGAUACGGAGAGCUCCGAUUCACUGCCUGGCAGUUCAAAUGCUUCUGCUGAGAAGCCCGUUAAUGGGUCUCCUGAGCAAAGAUCACAGGAAAAAGGUCCAAAGAAAACUCAUAAAGCUGAAAGAGAGAAGCUUAAGCGUGACCAGUUGAAUGACCUUUUUCUUGAGCUCAGCAGUAUGAUAGAUCUUGGUCGACAAAAUAAUGGAAAAGCUUCAGUAUUAGGUGAUGCUGCCCGAGUACUGCGAGAUCUGAUUACUCAAGUAGAAUCUCUUAGAAAGGAACAAUCUGCUCUUCUAACUGAACGCCAAUAUGUCAGUUCAGAGAAGAAUGAGCUGCAUGAUGAGAACUCGACACUCAAAGCCCGAAUAACAGAACUACAAAAUGAGCUUCGUGCAAGGAUGGGGAACAACAGCCUUAAUCUAAGCAGUCUUGGGAUGUUGCAUCCAAUGGCGAACACUACCAGCACUGAUUUAACGACUCAACCCAUGCCGCAUCAGACAUGGAGCAAUGUUCCUAAUUUACAAGCUGUGGCCAUGGCACACCCAACAUUGCCAUUGCAGAAUCAGCAGCACCGCUCAGCUGAUGCUGGUGAAGCUUAUACACCACGACCUCAGGAGCUGCAGCUCUUUCCAGGGACAUCAUUGUCACCAGAGCGUGAAUCUUCCCGGCUCAGAAGCGCUCCAGCUUCAUCUUCAAGCCUGACAGAUUCUUUACCAGGGCAGCUCCGCCUAAGCCUUCCACAAUCAUCGCAAGAAGGAAGCAGCAGUGGUGUAUCGCGCGGCAGAAAGGAACGGAAAAACGGUUAGCCAAUCGACAGCUCUAGAAAUCAGUAUUUGGUGAUAGUGAUUCUCCUGUAAAUGCCGAGAAACCACUCCAUUUACUGAUCCAGACCUACCGUGGUAGUUGCUCUGUAUUGCAAUGUGACUCCUUUGUUUGUAGCUCCUAUUCUAAAAACCUCUGAUCAUAUUUUGUCCGGAGCUUGCAUCACCAGAUUAUCUAAAAUUGCAGGUAGUGUGCGUUUUUCA